GCGAGAGGAGGCGAAGAGGAGCCGCAGCGGGAGAACCGAGGAGCAGUCAGGAGAAAACCGGAUAAAACCGCCCGCAGCCCCGCCACGGCCCCCCAGGGACCACACCGACGCCCCCGCCGCAGCCCGGACGCCCCCCGCCCUCCGCAGCCUCCAGCCCGCCUCGGCCCCUCGCUUCCCGGUCGGUUCCCACCUGGACGGACAACAUGCUCGCGCUGUGCCUCGUGCUGCUCGCGUCCUCCGCCGUCUGCUCCGAGUCGGUGAGGGAGACGGAGACCUGGAUGCCGCUGCGGCGCUCGCCGGCCGCCGCCUUGGCGCCGCGUGGCGCCGACCCGGAGGCGUCGGGCGACUCUCCCGACGGCUCUGACUUCGGCUUCAUGGACGACGAAGACUAUUACGACGACACGCUGUACGACGACGAAGACGAGGACGAGGAGUUCUCCGGGUCGGGGAACGGAGCGACCGAGACUCCGGCCGGAACGCCGCGGCCGUCGGCGAAGCCCGACGCCAGCGACAACAGGAUCCCCGAGCCGGACCGGCCGCUGCAGCCCGCCGCCACCGCAGAGGACCCGGUCCAGAACGCCAACGAGAUCCCGCUGCUGAAGAACCGGCCGGCGCCGGCCGACGAGAACCCGCCCAACGUCCUCAUGGCGCACGCCGGGGACGACAGCGUCUUCAACAAGACGGAGGUUCUGGCAGCUCUGAUCGCCGGCGGCGCCGUCGGCCUGAUGUUCGCCGUCCUGCUCGUCCUGCUGCUCGUCCACCGCAUGAAGAAGAAGGACGAGGGCAGCUACGACCUGGGCCGCAAGCCCAUCUACCGGAAGGCCCCCACCACGGAGAUCUACGCCUAGGCCCCGCCCCCUCCUCGCCCCGCCCACCAAUCAGUGCCUCAGCCUUCCCUCUGACUGCCCCCGCCCGCCGCCGCGCCACGCCUUCCAACACUAACGGCCGUAUGAUUAUUUAUUCCUCCUGGUUCGCCGCGGCGGCAGAGGACUUCACUUUGAUUUUUUCUUUUUUUUUUUUUACAUUUCACGGUAGGAAGAACGGUUCCGUUGGUUCUGACACGUUCUCCGCCCAGGAAGCAGACUCUGGCUUCCACCUGGUUUAACCUUUCCAUGACCAGACAGUCGGCAUUCUGGUACCGCGAUACAUUCCGGUACGCGGGGGACGUUUUUGACGCGGGGGUCGGUCCGGCUCCGGGGGUCGGUCCGGCUCCGGGGGACGGUCCGGCUCCGGGGGACGGUCCGGCUCCGGGGGACGGUCCGGCUCCAGGGCGUUCCUCACGGUCUGCUCGCAGACUGAGGUCUUUUACGUCUGGGAACCCCGGGAGCUUUUUACUGAGCAGAACGCAGAACAUGAGUUUCAGGUUCUCCCUCUCGGUGGGCGGAGUCUGCCCGAUCAGAGCUGGAACGUAUCCAGAAGGGGUCCGGUCCCAGCAGCUCGGUUCCCUUCAGCCUGCGUUGGUCCAGAAACGGUGACUUUCAGGUUCUUGGACUUCUUCCUGCGGUGCUCAAUGCUAAUUCAAUUUAGCUAGCUGCUAGCUAGCUGCUAAUAUAAAUGUGAAGCGAGCUAGCGAGCUAGCUAGCUGCUAGCGUUACCCUCGGACUGGAAGUGGACGGGAGUCGCGUCUGACGGACCGCCACUGAACGGAACGCCGUUUCAUUUCAAGAACAUGUUCUGCUCAUUUCACCUCCGUCUGCCUGUUGUUUUGGUCCGUAGACUGUAGGUGGCGCUGAACCUCCACCAUUUCAAUGUUUGACCAUUUUUAUAAAAACAACAAUGAGGAGGCUGAUUUUAACGAGACGUUGACUCUGUCGGUUGUUCUGGACGUCACGUUGACUCUGUCGGUUGUUCUGGACGUCACGUUGACUCUGUCGGUUGUCGUUUUGGACGUGACAUUGACCUUGAAGCGCGGUUGUAGCAGUGACUGUUGUGUAACGCGGUACGAAGCUAAAUAUCAACCAAAUGCUGAAAAGCCAAACAGUCGCCCGGACAUGGAUUUAGUUUUGCGCUGCCGCCUGUGGGACUGACUCCUCGGCCGUCUUCGUCUCUCCAGAUCAGCCUUUCCUGUUUUAAUUUAACUGUCAGAUGAUUUUAUUGCCGUUCUUCAGGUUUGGGUGUUUCACCCGUUUUAAGCUGUUGUACAUGUGAGCUCUAAAGUUUUAUAUUCUCUUGUUCCAGGUAGUUUGGAAACUUUUCAUUUUUCUAAGAGUUUCUAUCGUCUUCUAGACUUGUGUUUUUUUGUAUUUAUGUCUUUCGGUUGUUGUGUAGAAGGAUGGAUGAUGUUCCUGUUGGGUGGAGACGACCUCCACGCCCUCCUCCGCCCGGCGGAGGACCGGAUGUCCUCUCCGUCCACAUGGAGAAUGUUCUGCUGCUUUCUGACGUCACGGCGUGACGGAGCGAUGGUGACUGACUGCCGGUCCGAGUCCGUAAAGAAAUAAAGAUAUUUUUAUGCACAGAAACAUCCGAGUCCUUC